AUGCUCCGAAACGUCAAUCCCAAGACCAAGAAGCCCGUGAUGGUAAUGCUACAUGGCUCGGGCAGUUCCGGUGCCAUCUUCAGCAUCCAGGCCCACCUUCUAGCCAAGGAGCUAUCCAAAACAUUUGAUUUGGUCUUUCUCGAUGCGCCGAUCCCAAGCGAACCGGGACCUGGAGUUCUUCCACUAUUCGCUGACAUGCCGGAUUACUACCGCUGGCUCGCCCCAGCAAACAUCCAACUGUCAGGAACUCAACGUCUAGUCGAGCUCUUUGACGCCGCCCGCCAUAUCCAGUCUCGGCUUGAUGCACAGAAUGUCAGCCCCGACCAAAUCACCGCAAUGCUUGGAUUCAGUCAAGGUGCUCUGAUUGCCCUGGCGAUGCUCGGGUUCCGCCUAAUUGGGCAGUCGAUAUGGGCCAACCUGCGCUUCUGCGUGGCUAUUGGGGUUGGUACCACGGGCAAUACGUUUCAGAUGGAGGGUGUGCAGCACAUGGUUGGCAUGCUGUCGGCAAUAUUAGGCCAGGCUGAUGGCAAAUUCCCAGGAUACACUGUCAAUGCCAUGGGGCUACAAGAUCUAUGGUAUAAGGAUGGAAAGCGCAUCGCGGAGAUGUGCGUCCCGGAGAGGACGAGGGUCAUAGAUUACCACGAUGGGCAUGUUGUUCCUCGCCAUCCAGUAGAGGUGAAAAAAUUGAUGAAAGCCAUCCAACAAAUUGACGAGGCCAGUCGGUCCAGCCUCAAUACAAUGCAACAUUCUAUGGUGGAGUCGAUGCCUUCUCUCCUCGCAGGAGGGGAUAUUUCGGAAGGACUGGCUGUGCUCGCGGCGAACGGAAUUCUAAUUCAACAGUAA